AUGGCCCCCCGGGCAUCAACCAGGUUUCAGAAGUUUACGCUGUCGACAUCCACGCCUAGGGCUACUAACGCGGACAAUGUCCGCUAUGCAGAACCUUCCGGCUCCCUCGAACCGCUCACAAUGGGCUCAGCCCCCGUGCGGCAGUUGCUCGUCAAUCAAGCUCGGGCUAGUCCCCAUUACCAGAACACGUUCCCUGAGCCGACUCUCCCGGCCCUCUAUUUCCACAGCUUCGACCCGAAGAACGAGCUCAAGACCUUGGUGUUUGGCAACUCCCACAAGGCCCCGUCAGUACCAGGCGGACAGGGCACGCUUUUCCGAGAAGUCCAAACCAGAGCGCCUGCGACCGAGUCAAGGUCCGUGGCACUUGCAAUGGCGCAGCAGAGCCAACCCUGGCGGAACUUGUGGCAACCCGUUAUGACCUCUGACAGCGGCACAUACGUGGCUGCCUCGACGAGAGUCUUGAGUUACAUCGUCGGCCGGCGGGAUGAAGUCGAAAAGGGCCAAGCGGAGUUGUUGGUCAACCAAUCUCCUCAACCAUCAGCUCGUGCACACCAGCCGGUCGAACGCGACAUGCGGGAUCGACUUUGCUUGCGACAAGAACGGCAUACAGCACGGCAAAGGCAGGGGUCCGAGAGGAAGCCGGCCGUAUGGGGCUUGAGUCUGCUCGGCCGCGCCCUGAUGGCAGUGCAUCACCGUAUACGCAAGCGUCUGUCAGAUGAUCCUCACUACUUGCAUAGUACCGACCACGCGCCUACGACCCACGUCCUUACCAUCGCGCAACCAGAGUUCGCUUUCAAGUGGGGCGCAUUCGACGUGGCUCGGACUUUGUUGACCUCGCGUGCAGCGUCUCCUACCCGUCGGCGAGCUCGGGAAUACACCCUCGCGGAAACUCGGACCAUUCGCAAUCUGCAACAGCUCCUACGUGCAACCAUGGGAGCUGGGUUCGAGGGCGAACCAUAUCAGAUGGAAAAUGAAUAUGCAGACCUUUUAUGCCGAUACAGAGUGCUCGGCCUGCUGCCAUUUCAUCCAGUGUUAGCGGCCGAUUUUGGCUCCAUAAGAGUUCUCUGA